GCUGCCCCAUCCGAAGUAGAAGAAACGAAACCUCGCCAAUGAGGCUCUCCGCUAGGGGGGCCGCAAAGAGGGGUUUCAGGGGGUAAACGGUUCGUGUGUGGAAAGGACGAUAAGAAGUGCCUCUGGUCGAUUCCACUGCUGCCGCUUUUUGCACUUUUUUUACGCGAUCUGGCUGCCUGCUUCUCUUGUCAUCAAGUCGAUCGCUGUGUGUGUACUGCAGCGGGCUCGCCACUUAAGAAGCCGCUCUUUUUCUCGGCAACACUUGUGUGUUUUUGAGAUCUCGGAUCCUCUUCUUUAACUUCCUUUAGCGGUGCCACCAUGCUUUUGGUUCUUCGUUUAAGAAACUUCAGCGGCUAAUCGUUGCCCUGGCUAAGCAGAGAUGCGACUCCCGGUUCCCGGCUGAGGACUCAUCGGCAGAAGGAGGGGACCCCUCCCGGGGAGGGCCCGUGCCCCGGCAGCCGUGAACCGAACCUGGACCGCGUUCCCCGGCGGAGGAGGGGCGGGCCCCCGAGAGCCACCCCCCGCCCUGGAGGAGCCGCCCGGCUGGAAGGGAGGGCCCCCCAUCCACCACCACCACCACGGCCCCAUGCCCGCUCAGAUGCCACCCCACCAUCCGCAGGGGCCGCCACCACAUCCCAUGCCACCCCAUACCAUGCCAGAUGGCAGGCCUCUCGAACACGGGAGACAUACGCCGUACUUCGGGCAACCGGAUUACAGGAUUUAUGAAAUGAACAAGCGCCUUCAGCAGAGAACUGAAGAUAGUGAUAAUUUAUGGUGGGAUGCGUUUGCUACAGAAUUCUUUGAAGACGAUGCCACUUUAACCUUAACAUUUUGUCUUGAAGAUGGCCCAAAGCGAUACACCAUUGGAAGAACUCUUAUACCUCGUUAUUUUCGAAGUAUCUUCGAAGGAGAAGUGACGGACUUAUAUUUUAGUCUAAAGCACCCUAAAGAAUCUUUCCAUAACACAACCAUAACCUUAGACUGUGAUCAAUGCACAAUGGUUGCACACCAUGGGAAGCCCAUGUACAAUAAAAUUUUAGGUGGACAGUAUCCAAAUGAACUUAUGAAAGAACAGCUUGCCAAAGAUAAUGCUGUUGUGGUAUGCACAGAAGGACGUUUAAUACUUGAAUUCACAUUUGAUGAUUUGAUGAGGAUCAAAACUUGGCAUUUUGCUACAAGACAGCACAGAGAGUUGGUUCCCCGUAGUUUAAUUGCAUUACAGGCUCAACAACAGGAUCCUGCAAUGCUUGAACAGUUAUCCAAAAAUAUCACAAGACAAGGUCUUACUAAUUCCACUCUCAAUUAUCUCAGGUUAUGUGUGAUUUUGGAACCAAUGCAAGAGCUUAUGUCCAGACACAAAGCUUAUGCACUUAGUCCCAGGGAUUGUCUUAAAACAACUUUGUUUCAAAAAUGGCAAAGAAUGGUAGCUCCACCUGGUGCUACUCACCGUGGUGGUCCGAAUGACUUUAAAAUGCAGCAGGAUGUAGAAACUCAACGUCCACCUAGUAAAAGGAGAAAGCGAAAGUCGUCUGCCACAAAUAAUGCCAAUAGUGCAGGAACGGGUUCUGGCAAAAAGAAAAACAUGUCACCUGGGCCUCCUAACUUUUCACUUGCUUCACAGGAUGUUAUGGUAGUUGGGGAACCUUCCCUUAUGGGAGGGGAGUUUGGAGAUGAGGAUGAGCGUCUCAUCACUCGCCUGGAGAACACCCAGUAUGAUGCAUCAGCUGCAGCUGCUAAUGGAUUAGAAGAUGGUGAUGAAUUUUCUGGAAAUCCGGUUGGUUCUGGGCCAAAUCCUGGUGGAGGGCCCCCACCUCCCUCGUGGUCUGGAGCUCAACCUAAUCAGCCUCCUGAAAGAAAUCAGACCGGAGGUCCUGGGUCUGUACCACAGCCACAGAACCAGGAAGAUAAGAAACCCUCUCCAGCUAUCAGUCAAUAGGCUGUCAUUCUUAAAUGUAACAAUAAACGUUUGCGGAAGGAUGAUCAUGUGACCGUCACCACAUGACUUAAGUAUUAGCAGCUCUUCCACGAAUUCCAGUAAACUGUUUUUCCUGACUUUUAAGUGUGUUCUUCAGUGAACAUGUAGUAUAGCAACAACAUUAGAUGUUGUAUCCUCUCCUGAAUAGUGGACAACUGUACAAAUACAAACAAAGUGCAUCGUGUUUGUUGUUUUUAUGCUGAUUUUACUCCUGCUUGCAGGAUUUUGUUUCAAACUGGUGGCAAGAUUUUAUAUUGUGGGUGAUUUUAUUUUCGCUGCAAAUUUAAAGGAUGUUUUUAAAAUCAUGGUACAUCUGAAAUAUGUAGUUGUAAUCAUUCUGUUUCCAGGUAAAAAAUUUUGCUGGUAUAUCAUUGUAUAUUCUCAUAGUGACAUUCAUAUUUAUGGUUUAGACCUGCAUUAAUAUCCUUUAAAAUUCAACUUAACUGUUAAUAAAUCAAGUUCCAAAUUAACAUUACUUCUUUAAUUUUCAAGUUUUUAUAUAAUAUGAACUUUUUGAGGUUAAAGUAUAUAAAAAGAUGAGAUUUCUACAUUUUUAGAUGAUUCCUUUUAUUCUGCUGUAUAUAGAUAGAAACAUAUAAACACGCAUCCUUUAAUUUUGCUGCCAUCUGAUGUUACUUUUUAUACACAAAAUUUAAACUUUAGACCAAAUAUCAGUGUAUUGUGUAUUUAUAACUGGCUUUUGUGGUAUGAUCAUAUACAAUGACGUAGUGAAAUUGUCUUGAAAAGUAAUAAAGUUAUUUUGAAAAAAA